AUGGCCUCCGGGGAACCCAGACAAGAGAAGAAGCGCAAAGAGUCUAUCAUUGACUUGUCAAAAUAUCUGGACAAACGAAUCCGCGUGAAAUUUACGGGUGGUCGCGAGGCUACUGGCAUCCUCAAGGGUUGCGAUAACUUACAGAACAUGGUUUUGGACAACACAACAGAGUACCUCCGCGAACCGGACGAUCCUUCGAGACUGUCGGAAGACACCCGAGAACUUGGUCUUGUAGUGUGUCGGUGAGUUAUUCAAUUGUAUGUCGCACCUGGUCCUGUUGCUCUCCGAGUGCGUAUAGCGCAUGCCUGAGAGGAUUUGCUCCAGAAUAUCAUAUUAUCCCACUAUAGGCUGGGAAUGUUGCAUCCUCGAUCAAAACCACCCUCUGGUCAGAGCCAGUGGAGCAAUACAUCCAUGGCAGCUAGCGACUGGAGGUGGAACAGAUGGGUCUAACUGCCGGACAUCCCUAUUUCUGUCCGUACUAGGUUGACCAAUUAAGGAAUUAUUGAUAAGGUCGGUACAAUGUCUGUUGCAACAAAAGUUCAAAAUGACCUGCUCUAGCAUUGAUAAGGUCGAGGGGUUUUUCGAUCUUACUACAUAUGGCAGGAGAAAGUUCUGUUAUAGAUGACCCCCACUGGCUUUGGAGGCCGUUUCAAAGCGUUGUGGUACAGAAUAGAAGGCCGGGCCUCACCGAACUUCGUACUCGGAUUAGCUUUGUUCUCUUUAGUGACAUGAUAAAUGUUAUUCGUAACUUAAAUCCUAUUACUUCCUGCAACCCGUUUAUUACCUGUCUGGGUCUUGGAAAUAAUCUUAAGUUACUACCUUCCUAAACAUAAUCGCGCUCCUGUAAAGGGCUUUCAACCCUAGAGGAACUUAGACCAAAAAUGAAGUUUCCACUGGAACCUAGUUUCACUAAUCUGCCGGUCUCCUCCGAUGCCACUGAAACUCGACAGAUUUCCUCAUCUACAGAUAUUUUGUCUUUAUUUUAUGUCCUGGUUUAGUUUUCUACCGAUCAACUAAGCUAUCAACUAGUUUGCAGUGCAUCCAAAUCAAACAUUCUUGGGUGUCUGCUUUUAACGUUCGCUUACAGCCCAGAGUAGGGGUUGGACACGGGAAUGUGGAUCCCUCGUAUUACAUGUGGUCUUGCUCUGAAUUCCAGAGGGGGUGAGGGUUAGGAUUAGUGUUGGAGUUAUGGCUAAUACCAAGGUUAGUGUUGAGAUUGGGUUUAUGGGGACUGGUGUUAGGGCUAAAGUUUAAACAAAGGAAUCGGAGCCUCCGUAUUUAGGGCGAGACCAUCGAUAGUACUGGGGGUGGGGGCAUAUUCCCGUUUCCGACCUAAGUAGACUCAUCUAGUCCCUCCAGGGAGCAAAUUAUUUUGUAGCUUGACGGCUUCAUCAGUUAUCUUCCCCAACGUGUGACGAAUAGACGCUCCCUGGACUUGUGCUGGGGAACCCGGAGGAAAUUUUAGAUGUUUCUAUUAUACCUCCCGACUUGCCAGUGUGCGUCAAAUGUCAGCACCUUUUUUGUAAAAAAAACCCAACUUCCGCACAUGGAACAGAGUUUACGUUCGCGUGUCAUCUUUCUGUGUGCUAUUCUCUUCAUUCCACUUCAGCGGACCAUCGGUAGAACUAGUUUGUCCCGCCGACGGAAUGGAGGCAAUCGCGAAUCCCUUUGCGCAGGCUGAAUAA